CCUUCCUCAGGUGACUCUGGUCACAGCUUGUUGCCCUCGGCCGCCAGCGAAGUUUGGUUGCAGCUCCUGAAGUGCUUCACGGUCCCUUCCGAGCAGCAGUGGGUCCAUGGAGAAGGGCCCGGUGCCGGCCAAUUCGCGGGACGCCAGGUGUAGCAAUGGGGUCCUCGAGGGCAAGCCGCAGCGGCCAGAGCGGAGCCGAUCGGCCGAAAAGCCGCCGCGGCGGGAGACCCAGAGUCCUUUGCCCGGGGAAGGCUGGUCGGGCGAGCGGCCCCGCAGAGAGGUGGUUAAUGAGUUUAACUUCCCUGACUUGGUGACCGCCUACUCGUCCAUCCUGAGGUCGCUGGGCGAGGACCCCCAGCGGCAAGGGCUGCUCAAGACGCCCUGGAGGGCGGCCUCGGCCAUGCAGUUCUUCACCAAGGGCUACCAGGAGACCAUCUCAGAUGUCCUAAAUGAUGCUAUAUUUGAUGAAGACCAUGAUGAGAUGGUGAUUGUGAAGGACAUAGAUAUGUUUUCCAUGUGUGAGCAUCAUCUAGUUCCAUUUACUGGAAAGGUCCAUAUUGGUUAUCUUCCUAACAAGCAAGUCCUUGGCCUCAGCAAACUUGCAAGGAUUGUAGAAAUCUAUAGUAGAAGAUUACAAGUCCAAGAGCGCCUUACAAAACAAAUUGCCGUAGCAAUCACAGAAGCCUUGCGACCUGCUGGCGUCGGAGUAGUGAUUGAAGCAACACACAUGUGUAUGGUCAUGAGAGGGGUACAGAAAAUGAACAGCAAGACUGUGACCAGCACAAUGCUGGGAGUAUUCCGGGAAGAUCCAAAGACUCGGGAGGAGUUUCUAACUCUCAUUAGGAGCUGAGGUUCCGUGGCCACAUGAUUUGCUGCAGCUCUUGCCACAAGUAGCACUGUAUGUCUGGUCUUAGUUGUUUGUCCAUUCUCUUUUCAGUUGUUACAGAUGUGAACUUUAUUCCUUGUCAUUAAGUGUGUUUCAUAAUAUUUAUAGCAAGUCAAAUAAAAAUAAUUAAAAAGGGGUGAGCCCUCUACUUUCUUCUUGCCACCUUUUUGUGGCAUCAUUUAAACAAACUGCCGAGAGUGUAAGUUAUAUGCACAAAACCACUGCCAUCAGAUUCCCCAAGGGGGCUGGAAAGGGAGAAUUCAUUAUUUUCUUCAAUAAUGUGUUCAGUUGACCCAAAAGUAUAGGUGUAUUGGAAAUGGGAGAAAACUAUGACCAUACACUUAUUUUUUUCUUCUCCAAAAUGAUGUAGUGCUUAAAAUAAUUUACAUACAGUGUGCAGCAUUGUUCUGCAAACUCAAAGUCCAGCUGGUUCUACUUUAAUCAUGUUUAUUAAACCACCAGUAACACUUUAUUUUUUAUAUAUUUAUAUUUUAACUAACCAAUUGUGAUGUUAGUCAACAAGGGAAGGUGGUAAAAUAUCUAUGCUUUGGAUUUUACUGUGAGUUAAAAAGGCACAUUUCUACCUUCUAUUCUUUUUUUAAAAUCCAAGUACAGGAAAGUAGUUCCUGGAGUUGUUUACGAGUGUAUUCUCAUGUCAUCAUACAGGGAUUUAGACAUUUAACUCUCUGUGCCUUGAUGAGAAUAUCACACCAUUUAGAGUGUAGCUAGCUUUGCCUUUUUAAAAAAGCCAUUAUUUUAUGAGAUUUAGUGCUGACACUGCAAAUGAUAAGUCCUCACUGUUCUACCUUUAGAAAUUUCUUGGGAGCUUCCUUUGUGUAUUCACCAUAGAUGUCUCAAAAUAUAAAAAACAAAAAACCCCAACUUAUUAUUUAGAGAGAGUCCAUCAUUUUUAGGUCUGCAGAACCUUAGCUUCUGCGCACAUGAAAGAACACAGAAUGAACUAAUUGUGGCUGCAUUAUGGACUACAACCAAUUUCUAGUGAAAGCUAUCUUGGCGGUGUUUAGGAAAAUGCAUCAUGAUUUUCUAGAUUCACUGGAGAAAUACGCAAGUCCCCAUCCUCCUUUCUUUUAUGGUUAGCAUGUGUCUUGUCUUUAGUGUAACUGUUGAAUUGGUAUAGGUUUUAGUGCAGGAAGUUGUUGUCUUCUUAAUGAUUACCUUGAAGCUUCUUCUACCAGGGCAGUGUGAGCCAAAUUUAAAAAAAUGAAAAAUCUCAACACCCCCACAAAAACACAAACACAGAAAUUCCACGGGAGGCCUCUUCCUUGUUUGAUGUAGUGCUCUUUGCAUCAUCGCAUUAUCUUCAGCAGAAUUAGCUACAACCUUGGUAGCUCGGGUCCGCUGUUUGGUUCACCAUGGGGCCAAAUGCAGGAAGUGUUUGGUUUUUUUUAAAAUACUUCCCUACUUUUGUUUUUAUAUUUGGAGAUCCUAAGCACAGUGAUGGUUGAUUUGAGGUCCCUUUUUCAAAUCCAACCUGACAUAAAUGUUAUCCUGUAUAAUACGUAGACAUUUAGAGGUAGAGUUAGCCAUUCAACUCAUAUAUUUAAAGUAAUCCAGGUGUGUGACCUGAAGGACCAAAGAAAUUGUUAGCUAUAAAUUAAUCUUUCUGAGAUCAAUUGUGUUCUUUUUCAUGACUUUUGCUCUAACAUUCCCUAGAAAUAGUCUCAUAAAGGUCUAAUAUAGCCACAGGCUGUUGUCUUAAAUGCAAAGUAAUGAUCUUGUCUGUUUUACUCUAAUCAGUAGUACUUCAAAAUUACUUUUUCACAUUCAUGGCCUUGAGUCCAUUUGGGGGAUUUUUAAGAAUUUGAUGCACUUAAAU